UGUGUGCUGGUUUGGUAGUAACAUUUGAGCUUGAUAAGAAUAAACUGGUGUGUUUAGUUUGUCACCAGUGUAAGUGAACGACGUUUAAAUUCCAAUGAAACCACUAGACUCUGAUGACGAGGAAGCCGAGCAGCUGAGGCAACGUGCAAACCAGAGCAUCCAGCAGCUGAGCAGCGCUCUGGAGCAGUUGAACCCUGAUGGAGAGGAUGUCAGGGGCAGCGAUGGAAACCUCUUCACCAUGGCGGAUGAAGAGGACAAGGGUGCAUGGAGUCAAAAGACGCACAGUGAAGCAGUUAAUCAGCUGAAGAGCCUUCUAUUGAAGCAAUGCAGGGAAGUCCCCACCUCUCUCUCUUCAUCAGAGAAACAAUCUCCGUCCAAGAGCUUGCAGAUGGACGGCAGGUCCAGUUUGCCUGCUUUUCAGGAUUUGGUCCCAAUGAUUCACAACCAGUCAGAGUACAUUAAACACCUGGAAGCUGAAGUCAAAUUCUGCAAGGAGGAGCUUCAGGGGAUGAAACAGCGGAUCAGAGUUGUGGUGGUGGAAAAUGAAAAGUUGCAUUCUGAGCUCAAAUCCAAAGCUGCAGAUGAAACUCUCAAACAAUACACAAUUCAGGAUUCCACGGUGAAUGACAGCAGGCAGAUACCCUCCAAUACAGAGCACAGCGUGUUGCAGAGGGCAGAUUACAACACAUGGAAGAAUGAGCUGGAACAGUUGAAAGGAAUCUACCAGGCCCAGAUUGAAAGCUUGGAAGCUCAGGUCAUCUCUCUCAGAAAGGAUCUGUCAGUGAGUCAUACGGAGUGUGAGGAGGUGAGAGUUCGCUUGAGACACAAGGAAAAAGAGGCUGCAGAUGCACUGAGGGCUGAAGGAGCUCCCCGUGUGGCAGGACUGUGUCUGAAGUGUGCACAGCACGAAGCUGUGCUGGCUGGGACUCACACAAAUCUGCACGUCCAGGCUAUUGACAGGCUCACAAAGGAGCGUGAUGAGUUACUUGUGGCUCUGCGUGCGGUGCGGGCAGGUCAGCAGGAAGCACAACAGAGGGAGUGGACAGCCUGUCUCCAGGUCAAGCAGGCAGUGGAGAUGGCAGAGGAUGCAAAUCUGCAUAAAGCUCGGGUAGAGGUCCAGUGUGAGCAGUUAUCCAGGGAGCUGGCGCGGAAUAGGGAAAAGAUGGAGCGAGAAGCACAUGCUUUGCAGGACAGGCUGAAUGAGGCCAGAGAAGAAGGUCGGGCUCAGGUCCGCAAACAGAAAGAAGAGCUAGCACAAAUGGUGUCUAGUCUCUCCCAGCGUGUAGCCGAGUUGGAGGGACAGCUGGACCGGGCUCGCAGAGACCAGGGUUCACUGACCACCCAGCUGGAGGACACUCUCCACAAGCUCACCAGUCAUGAAGAGGACAGUACUAAGAUAAGUAUGGAUCUGCGAUACCAGCUCAGCCAAGCCAGACUGAAGAAAGAGGAGGCAGAGAGAGAGCUCAGAGAGCUCAAUGCUAAGACCAGCAGACAGAUGGAAAAAGCUGCGCAGGAAGUGGAAAGGCUGAGCUCAGAGCUGGUUGGCUGUCGGCAGCAUCUGGAGGCGGUCCAAAAGGACGGGAGCCAAUGGCAGGCCAAAGCCCUGAGCCUAGCAGAACAGCUGGCAAAUGCCCAGCGCCAACUGCACCUCACCAGACAGGAGAGAGACGGUGCAGACCGGGCUCAUGCUGAGGAAAUGGCCUCAAUGACCCUUUCAGUGCAGGAAAAGGAGAAAAGGCUGGCUGUGAUGCUACAGCAGACAGAGGUGCAGCACCUGCAAACAGUUGGAGAGAUGGACAAUCUCCUGAGUUCCCAGAACUCCCUGAUCCAGAAGCUGAAGGAGGAGUGCUUCAAACUGGGGGCCCAAUUGGAAGAUCUAUCUGAGAACAGCAGAAGUGAGCUGGAACAGCUGGCGCUGGAGAAACAGCACUUGGAGGAGACUGUGAAGAGUCUGAGAACCCGCUGCUCCAACAUGGAGGAACAGUGCGUCCAGCACGGACGCAUGCACCAGCGUAUGAAGGACAGGCUGCAGCAGUUGGACCGUCACUGUCAGAGCAGCGCCCAGCAGGUGUGUGAGCUGCUGGCCAAACAGAACCAGCUGAUCCAGGAGAGAAACUCACUGAACGAGGAGAUGCAGAACCUUCGCACACAGGUACAAACACAGAGGAGAGCGGGACUGUUCAUCUAUUCAUAAUCAAGUCUUAAAAAAAGAAGCUUUUGUCCAUUCUUGAUUAAUAAUUCAGUUUUUUUUGUUUUUCUUUUUAAAACUCAUAU